GAAAGAUCAGGGAAAGUCAGAAGAACCUCAUUACUGAACUGAGGAAGAGCAAAAAGCAUCAGACUAAAGGAUACAACUAUCUCCAAAUCUACUAGUGGGCAUCAAAAAAAAAAAAAGAACUAGCAGAACAAUGAUGAUAAUAGUGAUAAUGUUGGUUUUUUUGCUGCUUGCUCUGUUGCUUAUCUUCUUCCUGAAACAACUUUGGACCCGAAGACAUUUGCCUCCUGGUCCUUUGGCUCUGCCAUUCGUUGGGACCUUCUUGUCAGUUGGACUUUGGCUCCGUGAAGAUUACUUCACUAAGCCUGCAAAACGAUAUGGAAAUAUUUACUCCUUGUUCUACGGGCAACAACUUAUGGUAGUGCUCUCUGGGUUCAAAGCUGUGAAAGAAGGAAUGACUAACUUCCCAGGAGAAUUCUCAGAUCGAGCAAUGAGCCCUUUUCUGAAUGAUUUAGGAAAAGGAGGGGGAAUCAUUUUCUCCAAUGGUAAUAACUGGAAACAGCAGCGACAUAUUGGCGUCACUUCUCUGCGGAAGCUGGGCCUGGGGAAGAAAAGCAUUGAGCAUCAGAUAGAAGAUGUGGCUCAGACAUUGGUGGGGAUCUUUAGACAAACAAAAGGGCAACCAUUUGACCCUUCACUUUCAGUCCUAAAUGCGGUUUCUAAUGUCAUAUGUGCUUUGAGUUUUGGACAUCAGUUUUCUGAAGAAGAUGAAGACUUCCAGAAGCUGGUUCACGCUCUUAAAAUUAUUUUUAAAUUCUUUGGUGACUCUUUUCAUGCGGUGUAUGAUUUGUUCCCACAAUUAAUGAAGUAUCUCCCAGGCCCUCACAAGAAAGCCCUGGCUUCUCUGGAUAUUAUCCUUGAAUUUGCAAAGCAGGAAAUAGAGAAACACAAGGAAUCUCACUGUCUGCAUGAACCACAAGAUUUCAUUGAUUACUAUCUUCUUCAGAUGGAGAAGGUUGGGUUUAUUGUGGUUGUAUUGACACAGAGCAGGAAUGACCCUGACACUACCUACAGUGAAGAGAAUCUGGCUCAGUGUAUUUUUGAUUUUUUUGGUGCUGGAACAGAGACAACCUUCGGUUCUCUGAUGUGGGCACUGCUCCUCUUGACAAACCACCCUGACAUCCAAGAGAAAGUUCAGAAAGAGAUUGAGGAUGUGUUUGGCUGUUCGGGGUCAAUUUCCUAUCAGGAUAAGAAGAAGCUGCCCUAUACCAAUGCCGUGAUUCAUGAAAUGCAGCGUUUCAAAUUUGUCUUACUAUAUGGGGUUCCAAGGCAAAGCACAAAGGAUGUGGAGAUGAGGGGUUACCACAUUCCAAAGGGGGCCUUUAUCAUCCCAGACCUGCGUUCUGUUCUUCUUGAUCCUGAGCAAUGGGAGACGCCUGAAAAAUUCAAUCCAGAUCAUUUUUUAGAUAAGGAUGGGAAAUUCAUUGAUCGAGAAGAGUUUCUGCCCUUCGGAAUGGGUCUACGUGCCUGUGUGGGACAACAGCUGGCAAGAAUUGAGACCUUCAUCUUUCUGACAAGCCUGUUGAGGGCCUUCAGCUUCCGGUUGCCUGAAGGAGUGAAAGUACUCAAUGAAGAACCUGUUGCAAAGAUGUCAAUGCACUCACACCCUUACAAAUUGUGUGCUAUUCCCACACAGGAUUAAAUUUUAAAAAACACCUAAAAAGGAUAAAACUCUUUCCUGUAUGCCUGUUCACUGAAUUUGAUCUUUUGCCUUCAUUUGUUGUCAAUUAAAACUUUUUCAGCCUAUUGCUGGGUUCACAAACACACUUCACCAGUUCAACCAGUGAUGUAUGAACAAUAUUCUAAGUAAAUUUGUUAGGUUUGGUGCCAAUAAACCUAUUAUUUUCCAUAUA